UAGGUUUAAGCACAAUCUAUAUUCCCAACUAUAUUGCGGGGCCAAGCUUGUCUGUGUACUGUGCCUUUAAGAGUGGAAUGGAAGGAAACGGGAGAGUAAGCUUGUUGCCGUGGUGAGAAAGAAAACUUAAAUCACCCAGAGAGAAAAGAAGAGGAAGGAAGAAGUGCAAGCAGGUUUUGAUCGCAGAAGCCCCAAGAGCAGCAGACAUGUACCAGCCCCAAUCACAGACCUUGUACUGCCCCUGCUGGGAUCCUUGGAAGACAGGAUACAAAAGACUCGACAGAGCUAAAGCAGGCACGCUGUCUCAGAAGCCCAAGCUGAAAUUUUGCAGACCUAACGCACAACCACUAAGAAGCAGGGAGCCUCGUGAUAUAUCAAAGGAGAUUGAAGAUGAGAUCACUCCUGGCUUUACCGUGUCUCACAGUAAGGAUCAUAUCAGUGUCACGCUGGGCGAGGAAUUCUUUGAGAAGAAGAAGCCUGAUGAGGAAGUUGCCAAGCCCCCUGUGCUCAGUUCUCCACCUAAGCUUGAAACGGAGGACAUUAUAGGUGACUUGGUGGAACAGAUUGCUGAGCUCACAGCUAUAAUGGAGCAAUUGCGCCGAGACCACCAAGCUAGCCACAAACAGUUGGAGAAAGAGAUGGAAGACAAAAGGAAUGAAAUGCAAGAGGAACAUGAAAACAAAAUGAGGGAGAUGCAGUCACAUCAUGCAGCAGAGAUGAACGCCAUGGAAGAGCAGUACAAGAAAGAGCUGCGAAACGAGAGGGCACACGCCCAGGAGAAGCUGGCUGGGAUGCAGAAGGAAUACAAGUAUCUGAAGAAUGCGUUCCGUGUGUACCAGGAUAGUAUUUCUGAUGAAAUGGAGGAGAAGUGGCUGAGAAGGCAAGCGGAAUGGAAAAAGAGUGAGAGGACUGAACGGGAGAAGGCCUUGUUACAACAAAAGCAAUCGUUGACAAAAAAGUUUGAGCAGGCGAUAGAAGAACAGAAGCUUAUCAUUCAGAAUAACAGUUUUUUAAUAGGCAAAGUUUAUGAAAAAGAAAGAGAAGAGUUCCAAAAGCAGCAACAGGAAGCCAUGGAUCAAAUUGCUGAAUUAAACAAACAUAUUGAGGCAAGUAAGGGACGUAGGUGGUGCUGUGGGUUAAACCACAGAGCCUAGGAUUCGCCGAUCAGAAGGUCGGUGGUUCAAAUCCCCAAGACGGGGUGAGCUCCCGUUGCUCAGUUCCUGCUCCUGCCAACCUAGCAGUUUGAAAGCACAUCAAAAUGCAAGUAGAUAAAUAGGUACUGCUCCGGCGGGAAGGUAAACGGCGUUUCCGUGCGCUGCUCUGCUUCGCCAGAAGCGGCUUAGUCAUGCUGGCCACAUG